AUGGCAGAUGUGGAUGUCCCUGCGGCAUCUAGGAAAAAUAAAAUAGCAGCAGCAAGAAAAAAGUUGAAACAGUUCAAGGAAAAAGGGAAAAUUUCUACGAACCAGUCCAAUUCUGACAAUCGAUCAUCCUCGACCAGGUCAAGUGUCAGUCCUUCCUCCAAUCCGUCCAUUACUGAAGAGAAACCAUCAUCUAUUGGGGACCAAACAUCACAAGAAGUGGAUUUUCAUAUUGAUCAAAGGCCAACAGCUUCAACAGAAUCUCUUCAUCAGUUAUCACAGCAUAUCAAUGAUCUUCUUAAUGAAUCUAGUGCUGCCAUCAAUGGAGAAAUUCCUGUGGCAAAAUCCAGUAUUUCUCAACUUGAGAAACGUAAUCGAGAGUUGGCAGCUUUAUUGGCCAAACACACAGAAGCAAAUGAACAACUUCAUGCACAAGUGCAACACUUGAGAAGUCAAUCUCAGCAUUUACAAAAAGAACUGGAUGGUGAAAGACAAACUUUUGAAGACAAACAGAAAAGAGAAGUAGGGUCAUUAAAAGAACAAUUGCAGGUUCACAUUCAAACUAUAGGGAUUUUAGUUGCUGAAAAAACAGAACUACAGUCUAAAAUCAGUCAACUGCAAAAACUGUCUGAUCAAAGGCUGGAGGAAAUUGACGAUAUGAAUAGUCGUUUUAGAGUUUCCAAGCAGCGGAUUUCAGAGUUGGAACGAAGUAUAGCAUCAGUAAAUUCUUCAAGUCAGCAAUAUGAGAAGAGUAGUAAAGAAUUUGCUAAAGAUAUUGACCGGUUGAAAUUGGAAUUAUAUAAAUCAAAUCAAACUACUGAGGAAUUACGACAACAAACAUUUGAACUUACUGAAAAAUUAAACUUCAAGAUUUCAGAGUGUUUGGCUCAUGAACAAAACUUAGAAGAAUUUAAAAAGAAACUGGAAAUGGCAGAGUUGUAUGCACAGCAGUUAAGUAGUCAGAGUGAUAAGGAAUCAGUGAAACUUCUUGAAUCUCUACAAGCAGAGAAAGAAGAAUUAACAACCAAGGUUUUACACUAUCAAGAAUCAUUCCAGACUGUGACAGAUGAACGUAACCAGUUAUCUGACCAGUAUCAACAAUAUAUUGAGCAGCUUCAACAACAAACCCAAUCAUUAACAGGCCAGGUAACUUCCUUGACUGGAGAGAGAGAAUCCUUACUUUCUAAACAACAUGAACUUGAAACAGAAAUGGGUUCCCUUCGAAAACAGUUAGAAGAGGCAGAACAUAACUCGGCCAUCAAUCCGACAUCUAAUCUGCAAGUGGAAAUUGAAAAAUUGCAUUCAGAUUAUGAAGAAAUAUCAAAGAGACAUGAGGCUCAGAUCAGAGACAAUGCACAAAUGAGUCGGUUCCUUGAAGAAAAAGAAGAUAAAAUCAUGGAACUGGAAUCUACAAUUACUCGGCUUGGUCAAGAGGCUGGAGAUAAAGCUCAAUUAUUGGAAAGUAUUCAGAGCGACAAAACAGCCUUAAGUCGAGCGCUCACACAAAACAAAGACCUAAAGCAGCAAUUAGCAGAAUUACAAAAUGGAUUUGUCAAAAUGAGCAAUGACAGUAUGGAAUUGAUGACAAAAUUGCAAACAGAAGAACACAGGUCACAUGAAUUGGCCUUGCGUUUAGCCCAGCAAGAAGAUGAACUAAAGGAUAUGCGAGAUGCAUUGAUGUCUCGUGACUCCCAAUUAACAGAGAUAAAGAAAAGUGCUGAUUCUGUACAGAAGGAAAACUAUCAGCAGGAGCAAAUUCAAGAUCGUCUUCGGCAUUAUGAAGCUCAAGCUCAGUUAGUUGAGACUUUACAACGAGAACUCUCAGCUUCUCAGGAUAUGAUGGAUGCACUCACUGCCCAAAAUUCUGAGCUCAGGAAUAUGUUGGUAAAAUCACAAGAGAAUAAAGACAUUUAUGAUACAUCUGCAACUGAUGAAAGGGAUACCAUUAUGGACUCCCUCCAAGCAACAAUUCGUCAAUUAGAGGCUGAACGAAACCAGUUGAUAGGAAGCCUCAAAGACCAACGGAAUCUAUCUGAUGACCUCAGUGUCAAAGUAGCAGACAUGCAGGAACAAGUAUCUAUGUCUAUCAACCCUGAUGAAAAUAUUGUGAGUCGUGCAGAAUUUGAAAAAUUAAAGAAUACUAUGGACAUGAUUCAGGAGAAAUACACACGAGCGAUGAGAGAUAAGGCUGACUUGUCUGAUAAGGCUGACCAACUUGAGCAUUUGGUGCUGCAACUCCAGGGAGAAACAGAUACAAUAGGAGAAUACAUUUCUCUCUAUCAUCACCAAAGAGCCUUAUUACAGCAGCGAGAGUUUCAAAAGAAUGACUAUAUUUCACGGCUUGCCAAAGACAGAGAAGAUUUACAGGGCAAGCUGUCCAAGUUGCAAGGUCUUGUGGUGCAGAUGUUUAGUGAACGAGGAGUUGAUGCAAAGAAUUUGAUUAGCCACACUGAAAUAUUUCACAACUGUAAUGAAAAGAUAAAUGAACAGAAAACAGAGGAUAUGCAACGUUAUCUUCCUCCCCCACCUCCAGUGAUUAAUGGGGAAGGAAAAUACCCGGAAGACUGGCCUGAUUACAGCAGCUCCAACUCGUCCGAAAGUGUCGUGGAAACUAUUGUUGGUGGAGAGGCAUUUGAAGGAAAUGUACCUCCUUCCUCUGCUCAACAACAGUCACCCACUUCUAUGCCUCCAACCAUCUAUGAUACAAAUGAAGAAUCUGCACAAGUUGAAAACAAUCAGACGGCUAAAAAGAUCAUGGAUUUGUUUUCUGAGAUUGAUAGCAACUUGUGUGAUACAGUUCCAUUUAAUCGUAAGUUCCUGCCCUGCAAAUAUUGUAAAGGAAGUGUGCAGGACUUGUAG